AUGACCAGCAACUUUAAGAAGGAUGUGUUGAUCGAUGUUAUUGGCGUGAUCGGUGCUAUAGGAUAUCAACAAACUGGAAGUGGUGGAAAAAAAUUGCAACUCAAUUUUGUACUAAGGGAUGCAGCCAACAACACAAUGAACUGCACCAUCUGGGAAGACUAUGCCAAACAGUUUUUCAAGUUUAACGAGGAAAAUGCUACGACAUCUGGACCAACUGUGGUUUUGCUUAACUAUGCAGAAGUUAAAGAACAGGUUUCUCAAAGGAAGCUUUGCGUACCGUUUCAAGCCAGCUCAAAUCCCCCUCUCAAUAAUACUCGCGCAGCUCAGCUUCUGAGAAUGUUAGACAGAGACACUUUCUGUGCUACGGUUGCAAAGACAAGAAAAAUUAUCGCUUCUUCCUAUGGAUGGUACUACCGGUGCUGCCAUGCAUGCACCAAAUCUGCACGCGGUGAUAAACCUCCAUACGAAUGUGAUAAUCGCCAUUUGACUGAAACGGAAAUCUAUAGGGAAUGCACUCAAAUCUUAGGUAUUUCAGCUGCUCAAAUGUGGGACACAAUGAUACAGGCUGGUAUCACAGAUCCUUUGGAUUUUUCCUUAAAGCUUGAUGCCAUGUUGGACUUGGAUCUGGCUUUAAGAGUUAGAUGGCAGCCUAGUUGGGACAGCUGCUCUGUUAUUAUGUUUGUAGAUGACAAACCGUUUGUUAAACAAUUCAGCGCUCCUUGGGAGCCUACACAGAUAAAAGAGAGGGUUGAUGAAGCUAACACUGCUGUUGCCGAUGAUUGUGACAUUCUUACAGAUCUAGAUAUAACAUCCAAACAUAACCCCGAUCCGCAAACACCCACUGCAAAAAGGCAAAACCAUGAUGGCUCAAGCGAAUCGACGACCGUGUGUGAUGGGGAACUUUCUUCGACAAAACUUAAAAAGAUCAUCAAGUUGGAGAAGAACAAAUAG